GCGAUUACAACAUCAAAGAUGGCGAUUCGGCUCAGAGUUAUAGGACGUGCUUUGAAUGUUGAGCCGCACAACAGAUGACCAAAAGGAGCGAAAACCCCGCAUAGCACUGCAGACAAUUUGCCACAGAGGACCAGCAACACCCCACCUUACUGUACAUCGGCUUUAAAACAGAUAACAUGCCUUCUCCUAAAUCUAAAAACCCGGUUCGCGGCGGCGGAAGCCCGGUGCUCGGCAGCUCCAACGGCCGCUACGACUUCAUGUCUCUGACGAAGCCGCUGAACCGGUCCUCUCCGCCGCACCAGAGGCAGGGCUCCGACCCCGCCACCGCCCGCCUCAGAGCCUCGGAGAGCCCCACUCGGCGCCGGGGCUCCAGCUCCUCCACCGGCAGCGGACAGGGGCUGCCAGAAGAGGACGGCUUGCGGCUGAACCCCUCUUUCAUCCGCGUAGCGCUCAGCUCCCUGCUCGCCAUCGACCUGUGGAUGUCCAAGACGAUGGGGGUGUGUGCCUGCGAGGAUUCGUCUUGGGGCAGUGUGCGCCCCUUAAUGAAGCUCAUAGAGAUAUCCGGACAUGGCAUCCCCUGGCUGGCCGGUACCGCCUACUGUCUGUACAAGAGUGACAGUGCAACAGGACAAGAAGUCAUGCUCAACCUUUUCAUGGGCCUAUUGUUGGAUCUGGUGCUGGUCACCAUCGUUAAGGCAGUGGUGCGCCGGCGUCGACCAGCCCAUAACCGCAUGGACAUGUUUGCCACCUUUUCCGUGGACCGAUUCUCCUUCCCAUCAGGCCAUGCCACGCGCGCCGCCAUGUGUGGGCGCUUCCUGCUGGCUCACCUGGUGCUGGCCGCCCCUCUGAGGUUCCUCGUCGUGCUGUGGGCCGCCCUAGUGGGCCUGAGCCGGGUGUUGCUAGGCAGGCACAAUGUGACUGACGUGAUGUUCGGCUUCUGGAUGGGAUAUGUCCAGUACAACCUUAUAGAGAUGCUGUGGCUCUCACCUCAAACCCUGCAAGGCCUGCUGGGACAGUUGGCCUAAUGCUAAGGAUUGAAGGAGGAGACAUGGUGGUUUGAUUCUUCAUUGCCAGAGCACCUGCACACUUUUUGUCUUUUUCAGACUGAUGCAUAAGAGAAAUUGUCUUGACAAGAGAAGCGUGCUAUCAAACACACCUUUGUUCUGCUGUUAUCUAACACUUCAGAAGCUCAUUGUCAGCCAUCCCUUUUCAGGUUGCAAUGCCUGUAAUGGGAAGUACAGGAUUUUAAACCAGAAAAGCAAGAGAGACGGAUGAGUCCAGAUGACCACCUGAGGCCGCCUUUCUCCCCUUAAUUGGCCUGAUUCAGUGGAAAUUAUGUACUUUUGUUUCGAAGGGAGUUUUAAUCUAAAUCUGAGGUUUCCCUUUGCCGAUCUGACUUAAGAUAUACCCAAUAAAGAACGCCACAGAAAAGAGGUUCAACAAUAAUAUGAAUCCCUGCUUUGGAAAAAGAAUGGCAAUAUACUUUUUAUAUAUAUAUCUUCCUUUAAGUUAAGACAGAAGCAAACAGCAAUGAGAAAUCAAAAUGGAUUCAAAACUGCAAUAUACAAGUAAAUGAUGAGUGGGGAAGUAUCCUAACUAAUGAGCCCUGUCACUGAGCCACAGCAGUUUUCAAUCUGCACACAAACUGUAAAUAAUAAAAAAACGGUUUUGUUCACAUAUAUUUCACAGUGUGCAAAAGGGCGUAAAACCCCUACUGUUAUCGCUCCAAUGUAAGGCCCUCUGCCCUCACCUCUUUCUCAGCAGUUUACAGUUAAUGAUCUUGUUCACCUCCAGCCAAGCUCAACUUUGCCACAAAGCCAACUAAACUUUGAUUUCCCCUUUUAUAUGACAUCUGAUAGGAUCACUUUAAUCUCACCAGUUUACUGAUUGACUCACACUCUUAUUCCUGUGAAAGUUUCCUUGUAUCACUAACCUCAUCCAAAGCAUAUCACGUAUUGCUGUUUACUAAUCAACUCUGCUGGAUCAAAUUACCAUAUGAUACACAUUCACAUUAUUACAUGAUUACGUUUCACGGAGUAUAUGGUAAUAUUACAAAUGUAAAUGUGGCUUGGGAUUUCUCGCAAAAUCAUUAUUUUGAUCAAU